AUGGUGUGUAAGCGUUUCAGGUCGAUUUCCAGAAGUGGUGGGCCCAAGGAGUUCACUGCAACAGGCCACUCAUGCGAGGAGCCAGUUCCCCACGGCUUAAGCAAUGCCUUGAACCUAAUCAGUCAGAAUCAGCUGGUGAGGCUCGACUCUGUAGUAGCACAAGCUAGCAGCAACUCCAAACGCUCUGAUCCACCGGAAGAAGCAUAUGAGCUGUCAGCAACCACUGCUGCUAGCAGUACUCAGACUGCCAGGAAGAGACAUCACUCUGAGAGUGUAGAGAAGGAUGAUGCAAAGCCACUGAUAAAAAGUCUUAAAACAGAUAAUUCACUGGAUGAUAAACCUCUGCCGCCAAUAUAUUCUCUUAGAGGGGGAUACCUCUGGGUAUCUGAUUUUUCUAAACAAAUGUGGUGUGAACAACAGUUGGAGUAUUCUUUAUCUGUUCCAGUUGAUGUUACUAUUCCAGAACCCAAGUGGGUGACCAAAGGAUCAGAAUUACACUUAGCACGGGAACUGGAGGUUCAAGACUAUGUGAAAGUAACAGUUACAUCAAGUGAAGACAUAUUUGCAGUCAAGGUUAUUAAUCUUCUGAUUGCUUUAAAGAGUAUUCUGACCAUGUCAGCAGCAGUGCAUCGUGAAGUUCCCAUUUUUGGAGUUGUGAAUGGUGUCUUUAUCUUGGGAAAAAUAGAUGAAAUAAGGUUAGACAGAGAAAGCUUCAGUCUGGACAUUGUGGACUUUAAGACAAGAAAAACCCAGAAGGCUCCAGGUAGAGCUCAGAAGAUUACACAGAGCACCCAGAUAAUGCUGUACAAACGUCUUUUUGACGACUUAGUGCGUGGCCUCGUCCCUCGCCACAGCCUCACAGUUACUCUUCAGUUGGAUCUUGACAAAGCCUUGGGGGAGAGUGUAACUGAAAAUAUUCAUAGCAGUCAUGCAGUAUUACAUUGUCAUGAUAAGAAGAUGCCACUGACUUUGUCUCUGUUGUUAGAUGAAGUUAAGGAAGCAGCAGAAAGUUUACCAUUCAUUAACCAACUCUUUAUAGACUACAUAUGGCAGGAGGAUAACCAAUCAUUCCUGUUAGAAGAGGUCAAAUAUGAUGCAAUCUGGUUGGAAACUCAGAUGACAAGAUGCCUAGCAUACUGGAAAGGUGAGAGGCAGUGCCGAGGAGUUGAUAUUGAAGAUGCCUGGAAGUGCCACUCCUGUGACUAUCAGGAAAGUUGUCAAUGGAUUGUUCAGAAAACUAAAGAACUGCAGUUAGCACGUGAAAAAAUCUAGAAAGUAAGAGUACGAAUAAUAAUUUGUAAUACUUUUCUGUGCCAAUUUUAUGCUUGCGUAAUUGUGAGAUGUGCCAAGAUACAGUGGACCCCCGCAUAACGAUCACCUCCGAAUGCAACCAAUUAUGUAAGUGUAUUUAUGUAAGUACGUUUGUACGUGUAUGUUUGGGGGUCUGAAAUGGACUAAUCUACUUCACAAUAUUCCUUAUGGGAACAAAUUCGGUCAGUACUGGCACCUGAACAUACUUCUGGAGUGAAAAAAUAUCGUUAACCGGGGGUCCACUGUAUAUGCUUAUUACAGCCAAUAACGAACCAAAAUACAAAAGAAGAUUAGUGAAUGUCAUAGGAGGUAAGGUCAUGUCACUGUUGCCAGAAUUUAUCAAAUAUGUGAUAAUAAGGUUUUCAUAUUGCUUAUAAUUUGAUAGAGGUAUAAAUUCAAUGUGUGAAAGUUUUUGAAAAUAAUUUAAAGGAUUUUUUUAAUCUGUAGUCAACACUUGGCCAUGGCUGCAUGUAUCACUUAGUUGAGAAUGCUCAAACUUCAUUUUUCAAGAAAUAUUUAAAUAUUUAGUAAAUAUCAUGUAAGAAACAGCCACAGCAUAGUGUCUCCCUUAGUAUGUACCUGAUUAACUUAAAAGUGCAUGUUAUUCUUGUGUCUCACCUUACGAUAAUGCAAUAGCAGAACAGAGAACCUUGGUAGCCUUUAUCCUAUGAAAAGUAAUAAAAAUUUAAAUGUGCAUUUUAUAAGUGUGACAUACUGGCCCAUCUACUCAGUUAAUUUUGGUGGUAGUCACUAAUGUAAGGAAAUCUUAAUUGGUACAAAAUUUUACAAGGAAUAGUACAAUGUUGUACCAAUAAAGGCCACUGCAUUAAGUCUUUAUUUAUCACUUGUUGGCAUUAUGCUUUUAUGUAAUACAGUAUUGAUUUUGACAAAAUGUAUCAAAUAUUUUUUAACAUAGCUUUAAUUUCUAUUUUGUAUUGUAUGUUUGAUAUUACGUAGAAUUUUAAAUUUACCAAAUUU